UGUUCAGAUGUUAAUAUUUGCUAAUUAACAAGUGCAGGCGAGACAGAUGAGAAUUGAAGUAGGUGAGCAUCGAAGUAAGGUUAUUUUUGUAAUAAUUUUCACAGACAAAAGGAUUUGCAGGACACGUGUCUAUAUAUAGCAUUAAAACUAAAGGCAAAAACUGACAUUUCAAGUUAAACAGAAGCUAAAAACUGUUCAAAAACGUUGAAAUAUACCAUAAAUAUUGGAAUAGGCGGGUGGAUAGAUAGGUAGUUUUAUAUGUUACAUACGAAAUUGUGUGGCAGCUAUAAAACCACAGCAAAUAGUCAGUUAUAUGCUUACAUUUAAAGUAAUCACCUACAACUGUGACAAUCGUUUUGAGUAAUAUUUUUAAUGAAAAUUAGUAACAAUUCUCUAAUUCCAGCUCCUUAACAGUGAAUAUUUUCUAGUUUCUUUCCUUCUCUGUCACAGCCAAUUCAGUAUCUUAAAACAAAACAUUUGAGGACAUUUAUCUCCGUUUUACAGAACAAACAACUAAUCGCCUGGUCAAGAAAAGGAUCGAAAGUGAAAUAAAGUUGCAGCUUCAGUCUGUAGUGUCUCAGAAAGUUUAAACUCAAUUGAAGAAGCUGUGCCACCUUCAUUUUGUUAUUUAUUUUGCAGUUUCUGUAAAUUACGUCCUUUAAUUACUAACUUUUAUGUGAGAUGUCUAUCUUUGUUAAAUUAUGGCUUAUAUGUAUAAUUAAAAUAGAACUUUUCAAUAUUUAUCUUUAGGUUUUUAUGGAAUAUGACUUGAUAUUUAACUAAUCAGAUAAAAGAGGCAGCUUUUAAAACCUAUUUUAUCAGACUUAUCAGAUUAACUUUUUAAUUUUUUUUAUGGAAUAUUACUUGACAUUUAACCAACUAGAUAGUAAAAGAAACAGCUGGAUUAAAUUAGAACUUAAAUAGUCUGAAACCAGGUUGUUGUUUUUUUUAAUAAUUGAGAAAAUAAUCAACAGUAAAAAAAAAUAAUAAUCGUGAUGCAGCUGCAGUCAGAAGUGUCUCAGAAAGGUCAAAGUGAAUUCAAAAAGCUGUGCUGCCUUGAUUUUGUUCCCAUUUUUUAUUUAUCUUACAGGGCUUUUCAGGAGCUUUCAGCACAUGGUCAGUGGAUUUUGGCUCUGUAACAUGAUCUAAAUACAGAAUUAGUAUUUAACUAAUAAAACCCAGUUUAGAUUUAGAACCUUAAGUGCUCUGUUUAUCAAAGUUAAUACUGCGUUCACAGUUCAGAAUUCUUCCGUCUGCCUCCUGCAGGUCCAAACGUUUCCUCCAUCACAAGCUGAACUCUGUUAGGUUUAAUGAGUCCAAUCAGGCUCCAGCUGCUGAACCAGCAGCUUCCAGGUCCUUCAGCUUCCUUCUGAUGAGACUCAAACUCUGAAGCUGAUCCAGACAUGACGUUUCAGCUCAGAACCAAAGCUCGGCUCCUGGAGCUGCACUGCUCUGUGGCUCUGACCGACUGGGACAUGGACCAGGAGCUCAAACUGGCCACCACCUCCGACCAGUUCUACCACGAGGACAAACUGAAUGAUCAGUACGUCGUCCAGAGGCCUUCAGCCAGAGCCUCGAGGCGGAAAGACGAAUUUAUUUGGUACGAUAAAACAUCAGACACGUUUGUGAAACCAAACCUGUGGCUGCUGGUGAAUCCCAACAUCGCCUGUCCGAUCCAGUACAGAGAACCUGCAGCUGAUGAGGAAAUAAAAGCAGAGACUCGACGUCCACCUGCAGCCGAGCUUCACAUGUUUGCUGCCAACGAUGCUUCCCUGCAGGAGGAGACACUGCAAACUGUUUCCUCGUCUGCUGAGUUCAUGAUCAAAAAUGAAGACGUCUCCUGUCGACCAGCCAAGAACAGACGUAAAGCAAGAACCGCGAAGCCGAGGGACAAUAAGAUGCUGAAACCUGGAUGUUGGCCUCGUCCACCCGUUAAUUAUUCCAUCCUCAUUGCCUUGGCGCUGAAGAGCAGCCACAACGGAAGCCUCAAAGUCCAGCAGAUUUACAACUUCACCAGAGAGCACUUCCCGUUCUUUCAGACGGCUCCGGAUGGCUGGAAGAACACAAUCAGACACAACUUGUGCUUCAACAAAGGCUUCCGCAAAACCUGCAACCAGCUCUGCAGAGACGGCAAGAGGAAGUCGUGUUUCUGGCACCUGACUCUGGACGGCCAGCGGCGGCUGAAGGACGAGAUCCACAUAUUGACGGGAGAAUCCUUGAAGCUGCUGGAGAGGAGCAUGGCCCAUCCAGAUAUAAUUUGGACUUUACUUGCAACAUGAUUGCAGGUAUUGGAGUUUGAGCCGAUGCAUAAUAAAACUUAAUAUGCAAAAAAAUGUCUAUUCUAUAAUGUUGUAUAUCAUUUAAAUAAGUAUAUUGUUUAAUUUUUGCAAAUAUCUAGAGAUCCUUGGGGAGAAUUUUGAUUUACUUAUUACAAACAAUGUACAAUCAGAUGACAAAAGGCACAGUUGUGAUAAUGGUGAUAUUAGUUAAGUUAAACCUGCUGAAUAAAAACAUUUGUGUACAGUUAA